CUCUGGUUCACAACACCUUCAUGCCUGCAGAGAGACGUAGACGAACGUUUGGACGACAGCAUUUGAAAUAGCUUUUUUCUUCUUCUGCAUGUCAUCAUGCGCUGGUUACUGGCUGGAUGCUGUGGACUCGCUUUGAUCAGUAUCUCAGUGGCCUCAGACUCUGCGGAAAUUAUCAUCCAGAAGCCCCGGUUCUAUGGUGUGCCAGUCGGACGCAACUUGGGCAUUUACUGUGUGUACACCUUUGGGAUUGCUCAGUCAGUCAGCGUAGAGUGGUACAAGGCUGAUAAGUAUGACGAGCUUGAAAAAAAAAACAAGUUAACGGCAGAAAACAAUAAGAUUCGCUAUACUAACACCAGUGUGAAUCAAAUGGCCAUCCUCCAACUCCAUAAGGUGAACAUAAAGGACAGCGGAGUGUACUUCUGCAAGAUGAACAAUAAAUGGGGACCUGGGACUGCGGUUCAAGUUGCCAGUCACACCUUUCCUCUCACAGGACCCCUUAAUGAGAAAGAGGCUCUGCACAGGACCAGGAUGAAGGAUGGGCUCAUCAUUCUCCAGGGCCUGGUGUUGGCUGUGUGUGUUGCUGCUCUACUGCUACGCAAACAACGUUUGUGGGAAAAGAGAGACAGCAUAUAUGAGGAGCCUGAAACUGAUCACAUCUACGAGGGUUUGGCGAUUGAGACGUGUGGAGGAGGUCUGUAUGAGGAACUCUCUGUGUACGCCGAGGCUGAAGUAGCUGAGGCCCCGUGGGAGUAAGACAGCCACACACGAGGUCUUGGUUUUAAAAGUACAUAUCAUGUGUUGUUAGGAGUCCUCAGUGGGCCCUGCUCAGAUGUGGAGAUGUCUCAUUUUCCUCUAGUACAGUGUUUGUUUAUAAAUGUGCAACAUGUUACUUCUAAAAUGCUUGCUACAUACGCAGCCCGUUCUCCAGAAUAAAAUGUUGACAUUGUGCAUCUCUGAAAACCAUGUAUAUGUUACACUGCCACAUUUAAUACACAUUAGAUUAAUAUCUCUUAAGUGAUGUGGUCCAGAUUGUGUCUAUAUGAGAUAAGUGUCUCAUCUGGAGGAGGAGGGGAUGGCGGAUGGCAUGAGGCCUCCAUGAGACACCUCAGUGAGAAGGCUGUUCGAGACCAACAAACAACAAAACUCAUUUUUUUUUACAACACAUUGGGACAUUUCCAGCUGUGUUUGUUGCACCAAAAUUGAUUAAUUUUAUCAUUACAUCUUGACAUGACCAGCUGUCUUUGUCGUUUCCAGACGUUUGUUGCACCAAAACCAGGUAUUUUUAUUCAUGCAUUGGGACAUUUUCAUGCAUGUUUGAUGCACCAAAACCAGGUAAUUUUAAUGAGAUGUUUGAUAUAAAGAAAACGAACUAUUUUUAACGGAAGGCAGAACAUUUCUAGCCAUGUUUGUUGCACCAAAACCGGGUCUUUUUAACAAGACGUUGGGACAUUUCCAGCCAUGUUUGUUGCACCAAAAGUUGGUAUUUUUAUUGGUGCGUCAUGACAUUUUCAGCCAUGUUUGAUGCACCGACACCGGCUUUUUUUUAAACAUGUUUUUCUAACAUAUUUUACUAAGACAUUGUGACAUUUCCAGCCAUGUUUGUUGCACCAAAACCGGGUCUUUUUAAUUUGAAGUCAGGACAUUUCUAGCCAUGUUUGUUGUACUAAAACCGGGUCUUUUUAAUUUGAAGUCAGGACAUUUCUAGCCAUGUUUGUUGCACCAAAACCGGGUCUUUUUAAUUUGAAAUCAGGACAUUUCUAGCCAUGUUUGUUGCACUAAAACCGGGUCUUUUUAACAAGACAUCGGGACAUUUUCAGCUGCGUUUGAUGCACCAACACUGGCUUUUUUUUAACAUGUUUUUUUAACAUGUUUUACCAAGAUGUUGUGACAUUUCCAGCCAUGUUUGUUGCACCAUUGCCAAGUAUUUUUAAUUUGAAGUCAGGACAUUUCCAGCCAUGUUUGUUGCACCAAAACCAGGUCUUUUUAAUUUGAAGUCAGGACAUUUCCAGCCAUGUUUGUUGCACCAAAACCAGGUCUUUUUAAUUUGAAGUCAGGACAUUUCUAGCCAUGUUUGUUGCACUAAAACCAGGUCUUUUUAACAAGACAUCGGGACAUUUUCAGCUGUGUUUGAUGCACCAACACCGGCUUUUUUUUAACAUGUUGGAACAUUUUCACCCAUGGUAUUUUUAACAACACGUCGAGGCAUUUCCAUUCAUGUUUGUUGCCCUAUAACCAGGUAUUUUUUAAGACACGCUGGGACAUUUCAGCUGCGUUUGUUGCCCCAACAUUGAGUAAUUUGUACAUCACAUCUUGACAUUUUCAGCUGUGGUUGUUUCGCCAAAUCGGGGUAUUUUUACCAAGAUGUUGUGACAUUUCCAGCCAUGUUUGUUGCACCAUUGCCAGGUAUUUUUAAUUUGAAGUCGGGACAUUUCCAGCAGUGUUUGUCGCAUGGUAUUUUUGACGACACGUUGGGACAUUUUCAGCUGCGUUUGUUCCAACAAUGGGUAUUUCUACGAGGCGUCAGGACAUUGCCAGCCAUGUUUGUUGCACCAAAGCUUCACAUUUUUAAUGAGAUUUUGGGAUAUUUUCAGCCAUAUUGUUUACCAACAAUACCUGGUAUAUUUAAUGAUACGUCAAGGCAUUUCCAGUCAUGCUUGUCGCACCAUAACCAGGUAUUUUAAACGGUACGUCGGGACAUUUCCAGCUGUGUUUGUUGUACCAAAAUUGAAUAAUUUCAACAUCACAUCUUGACAUUUUCAGCUGUGGUUGUUCACCAAAACCGCAAAUUUUUAAUAAGAUUUUGGGAUAUUUUCACCCAUAUUUUUUAGUAACAAUGCCAGGUAUUUUUAACGAUAUAUCCAGACAUUUCGAGCUAUGUUUGUGCACCAGAACUAGGUAUUUUUAACGACACCUAGUGAUACAUCCAACUGUCACAACACCAGGUAUUUUGAGCCUAAACAUUGUCCUCUUCUUACCCGUACCAAGUGGAUUUUGUGCUUAAACCUAGCAACACAUUAACCACAUGGUUGAAACAUACAGUUUUAACAUAUGUAACGUAGGCUUAAAAAGUAACGUAUCCUUGGUUGCAGAGAUGGUUCAUGCCAACAUUUCUUCUGGCGACAGGGUUGAUACGCGGCUGUUGAUUUUAUGCUAUUUAGUAACACUGGAGUGAAUUAAUCAGAUGUGAUUUGAAGUCCACUGAAGUGUAAAGGAACCGUUCUACAGUUCAGACUCGACAGCUGAGAUUUCAGCUGACAUUUUUGGUGCUUCAAGAGAAUUUUUUAAUAUAAAAAGUGUUGUGUAUGAUUUCAUAAUGACUUCUCUGAGUUUGAUGUCUGUUUUAUCUUAAUGUGGUAUCUGAUAUCUGUGUGUGCAUCAGAAGCAGUGUUUGAUCCUGUUUGAUUAUAUUAAAUAUGUGUGUCUUUUUUAUGUAUCAGGAAUAAAAACAAACACAUUUCC